GUCUGGUUCCAAAACCGUCGGGCCAAGUGGCGGAAGAAAGAGAACACGAAAAAGGGUCCCGGCCGGCCGGCCCACAACUCGCACCCCACCACCUGCAGCGGGGAGCCCAUGGAUCCCGAGGAGAUCGCGCGCAAGGAGCUGGAGAAGAUGGAGAAGAAGAAGCGCAAGCACGAGAAGAAGCUGCUGAAAGGCCAGGCGCGCGGCCUCCACUCGCCCAGCGGCCUCUCGGUCAACAGCAGCACGCAGAGCUCCGACAGCGACGGCGGGGGAGGCGGCGGGGGCUGCGGCGGCGGCGGCCUCUCCCCGGACCCGCCCGACGGCUGCAAGACGCCCUCCAGCAGCGUCCACCACCACCACCACCACGCGCCCUUGGCCGGCGGUUGCGACCCGGCCGCCGCCGCCGCCUCCUCGGCUUUCUACCCGGGUCGCUGCGUCGCCAAGGACCAGCCGGGGGGCCCGUCAGGAUCGGAGUGCGCGGGCCCCCCGGCGCUGCCCGGCGGCGGCUACCCCAAGCUCAACCCCUUCAGCGUGGAGAGCCUCUUGUCGGACUCCCCGCCGCGGCGGAAAGCGGCGCUGGACUUCUCGCCGGCCCUGGCGCCCUGCGCCCCCGCGGCGCGCACCCUGAUCGGCAAGGGCCACUUUCUGCUCUACCCCAUCACGCAGCCGCUGGGCUUCAUCGUGCCCCAGGCCGCCCUGAAGAGCAACCCGGCCCAGGAGGCGCCCCAGCGGGGCUCCCCGCUCCCUGCCGCCAACCCCAGCCCGGACCCCGCGCCCCCCAAGAGCAGCAGCACGGCCGCCAUCUCCACGCCCGACGGCGGCGGCGGCGGCGGCGCCUCCCUGCCCAGGAAGGUGCUGGCCUCGCCGCUGGCCGCCCCGGGCUCCUCGGCCGCCUCCCCCGCGCCCUACGGCGGCGACCCGGCUUCCCAGGCAGACGGGAGCAGCGGCCCGGGGGCGCCCCCCAAGUCGCCCCCGAAGGAGGCCGCCCACGCCAAAGGCAAUCCGGAUUGCCGCACGACGGAGCGAGACUGUGCAGCGGAGAGCAGCAGUUUAGACUGUGAGGAGGUGGAUAUGGACUAG